GUGCUCAGGUGCCGCAUUCAUCCCUUCCGGACGUUAUCUUUUUUUGCCCGCCCGAUUACGUUAAAACACAAUUUCUUAUUAGGGUUGUCGAAUUAGAGCUUCUGAAACAUUCAGAUCAAGAGUAAGAAGAGAGCUAAGCGCAAAACAUUGAUUCCGAUAUACACGCACACAGAUGCAGUGCCAGUGGCUGUACUAGUGGCGGUGUUUACACAUAUAAAGCAUGAAUUUUAUGUCCGGAGCUCCAAUCUGCGAUUGUUAGAGACUCGGUAUUUUCCCUGCGGAAAAUUUGGUCGCUAUUUUGACGGUGAAUCGAUCGGGAGCAGUCUAGUGCGGGACUCGAUCUCAGCCGGCGGUCGCUAGUUCGACUCGCGGAUCUUUCGCUUGCUAGCUCGAUCUGCAGAGGAUAAGUCCUGGUGAAUUAUUGAACAACGUUCAGGAGCUUAAUCUCCAGGGGCAUUUUAGUGAAUUCAGUAGACGAACUCCAAAUGUUAUAUUUAUGCAACGAGCAGGGAAAACAAUGAAAUGGGUCUCGCUGCUUAAGGAUAAGGUUGGCUUGUCACAUCUUUCAUCCUCUUCGCCUCGGGCCCCAGAACCUGUUCAAUCUCCUAGUACUGCCGCUGAAAAGCCCAGAGACAAAUAUGAAUUGGAGUUGGAUUUCAAAAGGUUCUGGGAGGAAUUUCGCUCCUCCAAUUCCGAGAAGGAAAAGGAAGAGGCGUUGAAUAUGGCGGUAGUGGUUUUUUGCAAACUAGCCAAAGAAAAUGUGAAUCCAGCCCAACUACUUACCAAGCUAAUUGAUGCUCAUCUUUUCUCAUUUGUCGUUGGGAAAGCCUUGGUGGUUGAUAUUGGGAAAUUGAAGAAUACAGAUCAUAAAGGAUCUCUUGAUAAAGGAGGUGUGCUAAAAUAUUUUACAGAAGUAUUGGAGGAUGGCAGCAGUAUUGGCUCAAGCUUCUUGUAUGCUUUAGAAAACCUUGUUUCUCCUCCUAUUGAUGUACAACCUCUGCUAGAUUCUGGGGUACUUUGCUGCCUCAUUCAAUUACUGCAUGUACUGCUGACUCCUACUGACCGUGUAUCACAGGAUUCCGAAACAAAAGCAGAAUUGAUGGUAUUUCCCAGCAGAGUUUAUGAUGGUGACAUUAGACAAGUGCAAAGGAUUGAGGUAGAAGGAAAUAUAGUGCAUAUAAUGAAGGCACUGGCUAGCCGUCCUGGAGCAGCACAGAGUCUGAUUGAAGAUGAUUCACUUCAACUUUUAUUUGAAAUGGUUGCAAAAGGGCAAAGUAUUGGUACACUUCCUUUGCACAUAAUUCAACUUCACCGACAUGCUGUACAGAUACUUGGUCUCCUUUUGGUCAAUGAUAAUGGAAGCACUGCUAAGUACAUUCACACAUGGCAUCUGGUAAAAGUCCUGCUAAUGGCAGUGAAGGAUUUUGACAUCAAUAUUGGAGAUGCCUCUUAUACAAUGGGAAUAGUAGACUUGUUGCUUGAGUGUGUCGAACUAUCAUAUAGACCAGAAGCUGGUGGGAUAAGGCUCAGAGAUGAUUUACAAAAUGCCCAUGGCUAUAAAUUUCUUCAACAAUUUGGAUUGGCGCUCUCUAGUUCUUGGCGAAAUCAGAUUGGAGUUUCAGGUUCAGCCAAUCCUGGGAGUACCGACCAUUCAUCAUCACUUGGUUCUAAUCUUGUCCAUGGUAAAAUGAAGAAUGAAGAAACUGCUAAGAAGGAUGAUAUAUCACCAAACCUUCCACCAUCACUAUCCCGAUUGCUUGAUGUUCUUGUGAAUCUGGCCCAGACUGGCCCUCAAGAAAGCAUUUCAGCAUCUGGAGGAAGAGCCUCAAAAUCUGUAAAUAAGGCUGGUGGGCAUGUUAAUCGACCAUUUUUUACCACUGAAUGUGGAACUGGUGAAGAAACAAGGGAGAAAAAGAUGAAUGGUAAAGUCAAGGAUCUAGAAGCAGUGCGGGUAUUACAGGAUAUAUUUCUUAAAGCAGAUGAUAUAGGAUUGCAGUUGGAAGUGCUGGACCGAAUUUUAAGGAUUUUUGCCAGCCAUCUUGAGAACUAUAAAUUGUGUCAAGAACUACGGACAUUGCGUCUUCUUAUUUUAAACAUGGCCGCAUUUCCUCAAAUAUUACAGGAAAAGAUUCUUAAAAUCUUGGAGUAUGCUGUAACCGUUGUGAAUUGUGUGCCUGAGCAGGAGCUGCUUUCCCUUUGUUGCUUGCUGCAGCAGCACAUACCAACACCAUUGAAGCACAGUAUACUUUCUUUCUUUGUGAAGCUUUUAUCAUUUGAUCAACAAUAUAAGAAAGUCCUCCGAGAGGUGGGUGUUCUGGAAGUUCUCUUAGAUGAUAUCAAGAAACAUAAAUUUAUCUCUAGUUUUGAAGAACAAACGAGGAUUCCUAGUCCCAUGGAAAGAGUAAACAAUGCUGAGACAAUUCUUUCGGCACCCAGAAUCAUAGGGCCAGGGUCUGAAAAGCUCACAGUUUUCGAAGAUGAGGGUACAAUCUCUAUUGCAUGGGAUUGUCUUGUUAGCUUAAUCAAGAAGGCUGAGGGAAAUCAAACAACUUUCAGGAAAUCAAAUGGAUUCAUGCUCAUCUUACCAUUAUUAAUAUUUGCCAAUCAUAGACCUGGUGUCCUACGCUUGCUAUCAUGCUUGCUCUUGGAGGACACUGGCCAGGCUCAUCCAGAAGAAUUAGGUUCACUAAUUGAAGUGUUAAAGAGUGGUAUGGUGACUAGCAUCUUUGGAACUCAAUACAAACUAGAAGAUGAUGCAAAGUGUGAUGUUUUAUGGGCCUUAUGGCGAAUCCUUGGUUCCAACAAUUCAGCACGCAGGGUUUUUUGUGAAGCGACUGGGUUCGCUCUUCUGCUCACAGUUCUUCAUAGUUUUCAAAGGGAUUCUGAUGCUACUGCAAAUAAAUAUCUGAUAGCAUCACAUGUGAAAGUCUUUAGUGCUUUACUACAUGUUGUGACUGUCGCAGUGGUUGACAACAUAUUCAAUCGGUUGAGAUUGCAUACAAUAAUUUCAUCACAAACCUUCUAUGAUCUUCUAUGUGAAUCAGGUUUGCUUUGCCCAGAUCAUGAAAAUCAUGUAGUACAGCUUAUGUUGGAGCUUUCUCUGGAGAUAGUACUUUCACCUUCAUGGAGCAAUGCUCCUACAACUGAAAAGGUGUCAAUCCCACAAUCUAUUGAAAGGAGAGCUUCUGAUGAGAAUGAACAGACUUUUUCUUUUUUUCCUUCAUCAAAUUCUAGCAGCAUGAUAAAAACUGAGAAAGUGCGAGUAUUUAAUGCUGGUGCUAUUGGAGUGUUGAUUCGUUCUCUGUUGCGAUUUUCUCCAAAGUUGCAAUUGGAAGUACUAAGCUUUGUAGAAAAGCUUGCACGCGUUGGUUCUUACAAUCAGGAGAAUCUUACUUCUGUUGGUUGUGUGGGGCUUCUAUUGGAGAUUAUACGGCCUUUUCUUGACAGCUCUUCUCCUUUACUUCUACAUGCAUUAAGCAUUGUUGAAGUUCUCGGGGCUUACAGAUUGUCCCCAGCUGAGCUUCGUACUCUUGGAAGAUACAUUCUGCAGACUAAGCAUAUGGCUUCUGGCCAAAGAUUCAUUGAGAUGAUGGAAAGGCUGAUUCUUACGGAGGGAAUGACAUCAGAAAAUCCUUCACUGGCUCCAUUUGUUGAAAUGAACAUGAGUAGAUCUGGACAUGCUUGCUUGCAAAUUUCUCUUGGGGAGCGGAGUUGGCCACCUGCUGCAGGAUAUUCCUUUAUUUGCUGGUUUCAAUAUAAGAAUCUUGUUAAAAAAGAAGUUGCUGAAGAAGAACCUACUCUAAAAGUGUCUUCCUUGAAAAGAAAAGGACACAUACCCCCUAGACAGCUAGCAAAAGGACCUGUUCUUCGCAUUUUUUCUGUUGGUGCUGUGGAUGAGAAAAACAAUUUUUGUGCAGAACUAUGUUUGCAUGCUGAUGGAGUUUUGACUCUUGCUACAAGUAAUUCUUGCUGCCUAUCUUUUCCAGACAUGCAGCUUGAAGAAGGGGUUUGGCACCAUCUUGCAGUUGUGCACAGUAAGCCUAAUGCCUUGGCAGGUCUUUUCCAGUCCAGUGUAGCUCAGCUAUAUGUUAACGGAAGACUCAGACAAACUGGCAAGCUGGGUUAUUCAGCAUCUCCAGUAGGAAAAUCAUUGCAUGUUACAGUUGGAACACCACUUUCCUCGGCAGAAGUUAGUUCGUUGUCUUGGCGACUUGGUUCCUGUUAUCUCUUUGAAGAAGUGCUUUCCCCUUCUGGCAUAUGUUUCAUGUAUGUUCUAGGUCGAGGCUACAGGGGUCUCUUUCAGGACACUGAUAUGCUUCGGUUUGUGCCAAAUGAGGCCUGUGGUGGUGAUAGUCUGGCUAUCCUUGAUGCAUUGGAAGUUGAAAUUUCUGCUGGAGGUAACGCUCAACGUGUUGAUGGCUCCAAUAAAUCUGGUGACAAUAGGACAGAGGGCAGUGGUGUUGUUUGGGACGUGGAGAAACUUGGAAAUUUUGCAUUUCAGCUCUCUGGAAAAAAGCUUAUUUUUGCAUUUGACGGUACAUAUUCAGAUGCCUCUCAUAUAUCGGCGACACCAUCCUUGUUGAAUUUAGUAGAUCCUAUGUCAGCGGCAGCUUCUCCAAUGGGUGGCAUACCACGAUUUGCUCGUUUGCAUGGUGAUGUUUAUGUAUGCACUCCAUGCAGUAUUGGAGAGAGCAUCCGUGCAGUUGGUGGCGUGGCUGCAAUUCUUGCGCUUGUUGAGGCAGCAGAAAGUAAAGAGAUGUUGCAUAUGGCUUUGUCAUUGCUUGUUUGUGCUUUGCACUGGAAUCCACAAAAUGUUUAUGAUAUGCAAGCAUGUAGGGGUUACCAUUUACUCGCUCUCUUCCUUCACCGCAGAAUGUCAUUAUUUGAUGUACAAAACCUUGAGUUGUUUUUCCAAAUUGCUUCUUGUGAAGCUUCUCUUUCUGUAAAACAGAAAACCCAAGAAAUUCAAAAUAUGCCUGCAAGUGCUGGACCAAUAAUUGAGACUGGCUAUGAAAAUAUAGCAAUGGCAAAGUUUCCUGAUGAAAUUUCACCUUUAGGAUCUCAAGCUGAUAUUGAAGAAUUCCUUGAACAUCAUGACUCAUUAAGUCACAUGUCAGAGCUUGAAAAUGCUGAGUCACAAGUUGAAACUUUAAAUUGUUUUGUGCUUUCCAAUUCCGACAUGAUGGAACAUGUGCUUCUUGACUGGACAUUGUGGGUGACUGCCCCUGUCUCAAUUCAAAUUUCUCUGUUGAAUUUUUUGGAGCGCUUAGUGUCUAUGCAUAGAUACAGAAAUCAUAAUUUGACUAUAUUACGGCGAGUUAAUCUUGUGCAGCAUUUGUUAGUUACGUUGCAGAGGGGAGAUGUUGAAGUUCCAGUGUUAGAGAAAUUGGUAGUUUUGCUAGGAAUCAUUUUGGAAGAUGGGUUUUUAGCAUCUGAACUAGAAUAUGUGGUAAAGUUUGUGUUUAUGACUUUUGAUCCCCCAGAAAUAAUUUCACAUGGGAGAGUUGCCCGAGAGAGCAUGGGAAAACACGUAAUUGUGAGGAAUAUGUUGCUUGAGAUGCUUAUUGAUUUGCAAAUGACGGUUAGGUCUGAAGAAUUACUUGAGCAAUGGCACAAAAUAGUUUCUUCCACGUUAAUCACAUAUCUUUUGGAUGAAGCUGUGCAUCCAACUAGCAUGCGAUGGGUUAUGACUCUUCUUGGGGUUUGCUUAGCGUCCUCACCAACAUUUGCCUCAAAGUUCCGUUCCAACAGUGGGUAUCAAGGGCUGUCACGUGUAUUACCAAGCUUCUACGAUUCUCCAGAAAUAUAUUAUAUUUUGUUUUGCCUCAUUUUUGGCAAGCCAGUUUAUCCAAGGCUGCCAGAAGUCCGUAUGCUUGAUUUUCAUGCUCUUAUUCCAAGCGAUGGGAGCUGUGGUGAAUUGAAGUUUCUGGAUCUUCUUGAUUCUGUUAUUGCUAUGGCAAAGGCUACUUUUGACAGGCUUAGCAGGCAAUAUCUUAUAGCACAGCAAACAGGGGAUUUUUCUCAGUUUAAUAUGUCUAUGGCAGCUGAACUUGUUGAGGGAAUGAAAGACACUGAAGAUGAACUACAAGGUGAAGCUUUAAUGCAUAAAACAUAUGCAGCACGCUUGAUGAGUGGUGAGGCUGCAGCUCCUGCAGUAGCCACCUCAAUUUUGAGAUUUAUGGUGGAUCUUGCCAAGAUGUGUCGCCCUUUUUCUGCAGAAUGUCGGCAUUUGGAGUUUCUUGAGAGUUAUGUUAAUCUGUAUUUUUCUUGUGCCAGGGCUGCAACUGCUUUACAGUUGGUUAAAGGGAUAUCAGUUCUUUCAGUAGAUCAACAGAAUGUGAAUGAAUCGGAUGAUACUCAUAGCUCACAACAUACAUAUUCUAGUGUGCCACAAGAGCAAGAACAAUCAGCAAAAACAUCCAUAAGCAUUGGAAGCUCAGCUCAAGGGCCAAGGAGUGCAAGCAUUGACGACACGAUUAAUAUGGUGAAUUAUCUUUCUGAAAACAAAGGUCAGAAUGGGAUUGAGUUUUCUUCUUUGAAGUCUGGGAAGCCAUUUGUUGGAGUGGAAGUUGAUUGUGAAUCCAAUUCUUUUGAUACAGAAAGUCUGGAGCAGACAGCUAAUUUUUCUGCAGUUUCCACGGAUUUUUCUGCUGUAAAGUCCACUGGGAUUCAAUCUAUUGCUCCACUAAACGUUGCGGCAGGUCAAGAUUCUUUGAGUACAGUCUCAGUUUUGGUGCCAGGAUCACCUGUUUCAUCAGAGAAGUCAAGUUUUAAAAUAGGACAAGCCUCAUCUAUGUCACCAGUGGUUGCCCUAACCUCUUGGCUAGGAAGUUCUUUGCAAAGUGAAAGCAACUUACCUCUAGGUGGUACACCAUCAAUUACAACACCAUCUGUUUCAUUUAGUGAAAUUGAUGGAUUGCAAGAGUUAAAGUCAACUGCACAAGAAGCAUCGUCUUCUAAUAUUCUGAUCAAUAUAAGCCCUAAGCUAUUGAUGCAAAUGGACAGUGCUGGUUCUGGAGGAGGUCCAUGUUCAGCAGCUGCUGGGGCUGUGCUGGAUUUUAUUGCAGAAAUUCUGGCUGACAUUAUGACUGAACAGGUCAAGGCAACUCUAUCUGUGGAGAGUCUUCUAGGAAAUGUUCCAUCAUAUGUUGGAAUUGAUUCUGUAUUAGUUUUCCAAGGUUUGUGCUUGAGUAGAAUGAUGAAUUUCUUAGAGCGUUUAAUUUUACGUGAUGAAGAAGAAUCUGAGAAAAAACUUGAUAAGAAUCGAUGGUCCUCAAACUUAGAUGGAUUCAGCUGGAUGAUUGUGGAUCGUGUAUACAUGGGUGCUUUUCCAGAACCAGGGGGGGUGCUGAAAGUGCUAGAGUUUUUAUUGUCCAUGCUACAGCUUUCCAAUAAAGAUGGACGCAUAGAGGAAGCAGUGCCACUUGGCAAAAGUCUUCUUUCUCUUACAAGAGGAAGUAGACAAGUUGAAGUUUAUGUACAAGCUCUGUUGAAAAAUACAAAUCGCAUGAUAAUGUAUUGCUUUUUACCUUCAUUUUUAAGCACCAUUGGCGAGGAUGAUAUCCUUUCACAUGUGAGCUUAUAUCUUGAACCUAAAAAACCUAUAACAGGUGGUCUGACUGUGGACUCCUUGGGCAUUGAUACAUGUACAGUAUUGCAGUUAUUAAUGGCUCACAAAAGGUUAAUAUUUUGUCCAAGCAAUUCUGAUACAGACCUUAUUUGCUGUCUUUGUGUGAACUUGAUUGCACUACUAUGGGAUCAGAGGCAAACUGUAAAGAACAUGGCCAGUGAACUUAUCAAGUAUCUAUUGUUAAAUCGUCGUGCUGCUUUUGAGGAGUUACUGGUCUCCAAACCUAACCAGGGACAAUCAUUCGAUGUCUUGCAUGGAGGCUUUGAUAAGUUGUUAGGAAGCAAUCAAACAGACUUUUACCAGUGGCUCCAUUCUUCGAAGCAAAGUAUUUGCAGAGUAUUGGAGCAGUGUGCUUCAAUAAUGUGGAUGCAAUAUGUAGCUGGUGCAACCAAGUUUCCAGGGGUGCGAGCAAAGGGUAUAUUGACUCCUCAGAAACGGGAUAAAAAUCAGAGAUCGCGUGAAAGGCCAACAAAGCACUGGGAACAAAUGAGUGAGCGCAGAGGUGCCUUAGAUUUGGUUCGUGAAGCCAUGUCAACAGAAUUGAGAGUGGUGCGCCAAGACAAAUAUGGAUGGGUUCUUCAUGCCGAAAGUGAAUGGCAGGGUCACAUUCAGCAGCUUAUACAUGAGCGUGGAAUAUGGCCUAUGAGGAAGUUUUCUGUGGAUCAAGAACCCCAGUGGCAACUCUGCCCUACUGAAGGACCCUAUCGUAUGCGUAAAAAAAUUGAGAAGUUGAAAUUGAAAGUUGAUACCAUUGGACAUUUUAUUGAAGAUUUUCAAGAAGAAAAGUUAAUUUCAGCAGAAAAAACUGGUUUUUGUAUGGAUGUUAAUGAUCCUGAUUAUGAUUCAUUUUUCCAUCUGUUGUCCGUUGGUGGUGCCAAUCAAAAGCAGCUAAGCUAUACUGGUAAAGAGGAUGAGGAAUGCUUUUAUGAUGAAGCAGAGGAGUUCCAAGAUGAAGAUGCAAGCUCUGCUCCAAUUGAGUGGAGUGAUGAUCAACACAGCAGCAUCAAUGCUGCAAGUUUACAUUCUGCUCUCGAAGCUGGUGGUAAAUCCAGUACAAUGUCAUUACAAAUGACAGACAGAGUGUAUAUGGCAUCUCAGACUUGUUCUCCCAGGCAGUCCUCAUCACAGAAAAUUGAUGAUUUGAUUGCAGAUGAAAAAUCAGAAAGAGAUAUCCAUGACAAUGGAGAGUAUUUGAUUCGACCUUAUUUGGAACCUUGUGAAAAGAUAAGGUUUCGUUACAAUUGUGAGCGUGUUGUUGGUCUUGACAAACAUGAUGGAAUCUUUCUCAUUGGUGAGCUAUGUCUGUAUGUUAUUGAAAAUUUCUACAUCAAUGACUCAGGCCACAUCAGUGAGAAAGCAUUUGAGGCUGAAUUAUCAGUAAUAGAUCAAGCUUUAGGUGUCAAAAGCAGUAAUGUUGGGAGUGUUGAUUUACAGUAUAAGGCACCGGCUUCCUGGGGGAUAACUGCCAAAGCAUGGGCUGGAGGAAGAGCUUGGGCAUAUAAUGGUGGAGCCUGGGGUAAAGAGAAGACAUGUGCUAGUGGUAACCUGCCUCAUUCUUGGCGAAUGUGGAAGCUGGAAAGUGUUCAUGAGCUUCUAAAGCGUGAGUAUCAACUACGGCCUGUUGCCAUUGAGCUUUUUAGUAUGGAUGGAUGCAAUGAUCUUUUGGUUUUCCACAAAAAGGAAAGAGAUGAGGUCUUCAAAAACCUGGUGGCAAUGAAUCUUCCUCGUAAUAGCAUGUUAGAUACAACCAUCUCAGGGUCAUCAAAGCAUGAUAGUAAUGAAGGGAGUCGUCUCUUUAAAAUCAUGGCAAAAUCUUUCUGCAAAAGGUGGCAGAAUGGAGAAAUUAGUAACUUCCAGUAUCUUAUGCACCUCAAUACACUUGCAGGACGGGGGUAUAAUGAUCUGACACAGUACCCAGUUUUUCCAUGGGUACUUGCAGAUUACAAAAGUGAAACAUUGGACAUGACAAAUCCCAACAGCUUUCGUAAACUUGACAAGCCAAUUGGUUGCCAAACAGCAGAAGGCGAGGAGGAGUUUAAGAAAAGAUAUGAGAGUUGGGAUGAUCCAGAUGUUCCGAAGUUUCAUUAUGGUUCACAUUAUUCAAGCGCUGGCAUUGUCCUGUUUUACCUUAUUCGCUUACCACCAUUUAGUAUUGAAAAUCAAAAGCUACAAGGUGGGCAGUUUGACCAUGCUGACCGCCUCUUCAACAGCGUGAAAGAUACAUGGUUCAGUGCUGCAGGGAAAAGUAACACAUCAGAUGUAAAAGAGCUAAUUCCAGAAUUCUUUUAUAUGCCAGAGUUUUUGGAGAACCGCUUCCAUCUUGACUUAGGAGUAAAGCAGUCAGGGGAGAAGGUUGACAAUGUUGUAUUGCCUCCUUGGGCCAAAGGUAGUGCACGUGAAUUUAUUCGCAAACACCGAGAAGCUUUAGAAUCCGAAUAUGUUUCAGAGCAUUUGCAUCAUUGGAUAGAUCUCAUAUUUGGACACCGACAGAGGGGAAAGGCUGCUGAAGAGGCAACCAAUGUCUUUUAUCAUUAUACAUAUGAAGGAAGUGUUGAUAUUGAUGCUGUUUCAGACCCAGCAAUGAAGGCUUCAAUCUUGGCUCAGAUAAAUCAUUUUGGACAGACCCCUAGACAGCUCUUUUUCAAGCCACAUGUCAAGCGGCGGUGUCAACAAAAACAUCUUGUUCAUGCACUUCGCCAUUCCAGCCUUUUAGCAGCACAUGAAGUCCGAAACACUGCAUCUGCUAUAUCUCAGAUAGUGAAUUUUCAUGAUAAAAUUCUUGUGGCUGGUCUAAAUUGCUUGCUUAAACCUCGAUCAUACACCAAAUAUAUUGCCUGGGGUUUUUCAGAUCGUAGUUUGCGCUUUCUUUUGUAUGACCAGGAAAAGCUCAUUUCAACUCAUGAGGCCCUUCACGGUGGCAGUCAAGUGCAAUGUGCAGGAAUAAGUCGUGAUGGAAGAAUCUUAGUGACUGGUGGUGAUGAUGGUGUUGUCUUAGUAUGGCGACUAAAUAAGGAUGGUACUCGUGGUCAGCGUCGUUUGCAUUUACAAAGGGCUCUAUGUGCACAUACUGGAAAGAUAACAUGUAUAGCUGUUUGCCAACCUUACAGUCUGAUUGUCAGUGGCUCUGAAGACUGUACUGUUAUUUUCUGGGACCUGAGCAGCCUGGAAUUUGUGAGGCAGCUUCCAGAACUUUCAGCUCCAGCCUCAGCUGUACAUGCAAAUGAAUUGACUGGCGAGGUGGUUACAGCAGCUGGUACCAUGCUUGCUGUAUGGAGUAUAAAUGGCGAUUGCUUAGCUACUGUAAAUACUUCACAAUUGCCUUCAGAUUUUGCCAUUUCAGUAACAAGCUCAACCUUCUCGGACUGGAUGGAAACAAAUUGGUAUGUGACUGGUCAUCAGAGUGGUGCUGUGAAAGUCUGGCACAUGGUGCAUGUAACUGAGGAAGACGGGAGUAUACGUAGACAAAUCCAGAGUUCAGAUUCAACUUCUAAAGACAGUGCUCCAACUGUUAGAAGCAGGUUAUCCACUUCAUCUGGAGGUUUAGAUAUUGGUUUUAUGGUGCCCGAGUACCAUCUUAUUCUGUUCAAGGUUCUCAAGUCACAUAAACAUCCAGUUACAGCAGUUCAUCUCUCGAGUGACUUGAAGCAGUUGCUAAGUGGUGAUGCAUCAGGUCGUUUAUUAUCAUGGACAUUGCCUGAUGAGAAUUCUAAGAAUUCAUCACUGCAGGAAAAAACAUUAUGAGAAAAAUCUUCCAUAAGUUUUGUUGAUGAAAUGAGCUAAAAAGCUUUAUUGAUAUUCAGCUGAUGAGAGGGUACUACAGUUUCUAAAAUGUAAACUCAAAAUCACUCCUACAAAGUUUCGUUAAGAUAUAUAUAUAUAUAUAUAUAUAUAUAUAUAUAUAUAUUUUGAAUUUGUGGCAUUGUUAAUGUUCUGAACUCAAAGAGGUUCUGUAACUUCCCACAUUGAUUACCAGAGCUGUUGGUUGCUGACAAGUUCAAGUCUGGAGAACUCCAUUUUGGUGAUUCAGAGAAUAUCGGAGUAUUAUGUAUCUAUUAGUUGGUGCAGAACUUCACUUUUUCAGAGAUCAACGUGAAGCAACUGUGUUGGAUCUGUUUCGUCGGGUUGUAGAAAGAAUGGCUCUAAUUUAAAUUACUGACUUCGUUUCUAACACAUGUAGAGUAAGGAAUAGGCUGCUCAAGGUUUGGAAGAAUGAAAGCCCUGUGAAAGUUCUUACUGUAUCAUAAAGGAUUGGGCAGUUCCAUUUUACAAAUUAUUGGAAUAUUAGCUAAUUCUUUAAACAGGUGUAAUUAAACACCUCUUCUAGUUUUGGUGUUGUACAUUGGAUUAUUUAUGCAGGAGCAAGGUUGUUUUGUAGCCCUGCUGUGUCACUCUAGUCUACAAGGGCUGUCUUGUAGCCCUGAUAUCAUUUGCUCUCUGAUAAGCUGUCAUCACCAAUGACAUCCACGUAUACACCUAAAAGAGAGAAAAAUGAAAUAUAUUGAUUUUUGCAUUGA